AUGGAAUAUCACAUGGAGUACUCGAACGACAAGUCGCAUAAACCGGAGAAGGAACUUUUUGUGGAAAAAUCGUUCUGUGGCAGAAAUGACAAGGGGAAGAAGAGCCUCCUCGUGGCUCUGUCCGUGUCGGCCAUAUGCCUUCUAGCUGGAUCUGCAUUUUACUUUACCCGCACGGGGAAGGGGAAUGAUGGCCUCCUGUACGGUAACGCACAUGACGAGAGCAGCAGCGAUGAUUUUAUCAUCACCACUUUGUUGAAAAGCCCAGGUGGAAAGAAAUUCAUUGUAUCCAAGUUGCAAGAGUUGUUAGCUUCGUACGAUCAGCGCAUCAACUCGGGUAGAGCAAAGGAGGAAGAAGCUUCCCCUUCGAAGGAGGGACCAACUGAUGAAGCGCGUAGUACAUCCCUUACUACGGUCAGUAGACAAAAGCAGGGAAACUUGAAAAUUUUUGAUGAUCAACUUGGAGAAGAAUCUCAAUAUGCCAUCCGAAAAAAUCAACAUAUAUUAAUAAGUGAACAAGAAUUGGUCGACUGUUCUGGUAAAAACUUUGGCUGCUAUGGUGGUUUAGCUUCCCUCGCUUUUGACGAUAUGAUCGACUUAGGGUUCCUGUGCUCGGAAAGUGAAUACCCCUAUGUUGGAUUCAAACCACACAGUUGUGAUAUGAAGAAAUGUAAAGAAAAAUAUACCAUCAAAAGUUACGUUAAAAUUCCGGAGGAUAAAUAUAAAGAAGCUAUUCAGUUCAUUGGACCUCUGACUUUGGGAAUUACUGUCAAUGAUGAUUUUUACGAUUACAAGGAGGGUAUCUUCAACUCUGAGUGUACAGAAGAACCUAACCACGAAGUUAUGAUUGUUGGGUAUGGUGUGCAAGAAAUUUUCAACAGCGAAAUAAAUGCUAGUGAGAAACACUACUACUACAUUAUCAAGAACUCUUGGGGGGAGGAAUGGGGUGAAAAGGGAUUCAUGAAAAUUGAGACGGACGAAUUGGGUUUGAAGAAGACCAACAACAUGACUGAGGCUUAUAUCCCUCUGCUUGACUAG